GAAAGGAAUGUCAACAAUUAUAAUUAUUAUUGUUUUUUGAAACAUUUGUUACCCGCACCUGCAAAUGCCAAUCGUAAAGUCGAAAAGCAGGUGUUUUGUAAAGAAUUAUCUGUAAUAAAUCUAAAAUUCUGCGUACGUGAUCUUAUAUUUUGUAUUAAAACAGUCGAAUCCGCCGGUUAAGUUUAUACGAUAUGGCUUCGCCCUUGAAGAGUGGCUACAUGCUAAAAUAUAAAAAAAGAUUAUUUUGUAAAGAUUGGAAAGAACAUUACGUAACCCUAUACAACGAUAGCACUUUAGUAUGGUACAAAGACAGGCAUAGUAACGAACAGGAAGGAGGUGUUUAUAUUAAAAAUUCGCCGGAUUUAAUGGCUUUUGGAGAAUUCACGCAGCAAGUGCCCAAUCGUCCAGAAUUACCCAGCGGUUACACAGCGGCCACUUUAAUGGUUUUCGGUACUAGAGGAAAAGAAUCCGUGCAUUGGUUUCUUUGCAAGUACGAGCUCGAAAUAAAAGAAUGGAUUAGCGCUAUUGUUAGUACAUUGCCUCCUCCUCCUCAACCACCUCAAUACGCAACUCAACCCGCAAACAAUCCCUCGGCGCCUAUGACCGAAGAACCGCAACAGAAACCCGUUUCCGAAUUACCCCCCGCUUCGACAAAUCCUCCCGUUCUACCUUCCUACCAAGCGGCGAUACCGGGACAAUUUCCGCCUCAAACUAUGGCGCAUCUUCAACAAUCUCCGUAUCCUCAACAGAUCGGCCCGCUUCAACCGGGUUAUCCCAUGCGACAACAACCAAACAACACCACGGUUAUUGUGCAAGACAGACAGAAUAAUUCCGGUUCCGAUUUUGCCACGGGAAUGCUGAUGGGAGGAGCCAUGGGUUAUACGAUGGGACACGGUUUCGGAUGGGGGUGCGGAAGUGGUUGGGGAGGAGGAAUUCGUCACGAUACCGAUAUCCAUAUUCAUAAUAAUUACGACAUCAAUAACCACAUACAAAACGAUACUAACGUCCAUACGGAUAACACGAACGUCUUCGACAACGAUGUGCCCGACACUUUUGAAGUCGACGACGAUUUCGGCGCGGAUUUCGACGGAGGAGGCUUCGAUGCCGUUGACUUUUAACCCGUUAUAUUCAUGUAUUUACACGUUUAAAAUUUGUAUUUAAUCUGUUACAUUAGUUGUUAAUACAGAAUAAACCACCUAGUUCAUUUUCUCAUUAUACGUUUUUUCUUAUUUAAUUAAAUUUAAUUCGAAUGUUAAA